GUAAUUUUUCAAGAACUAUUUUGACACCGUAGUACCACUUGCCACCUGGUUUACAUACGCCGCGCGAGCCGGGCAGCCACCACCUGAUGCGAUUGUUUGUUGUGCCCCACUUCCACUUUGAUCAGUUUGCAUGAAGUUGCCUCUGCCACCCAAUUUCUUCAAGUGCCCGCCGUUGUCGACUGACGAAGUCGAGCGGCUCAAGCAGCAAGCGUAUGCUACCGCCAUGGACGUUGUUCAAAAGUCGUUGGUACAAUCCGCAUCACCGAGCAACCGGUCCGGUGUGAGCUGGACGUUGGCAUCCAACGACCAUGGCCUCCAAAUCUACCGCGGCACCGUCAACGCCGGCGGCGCUGGAGCAUCCGACCAACUCAAGUUGUCGGUGGGGGUGGCAGAAGUUGCUGGCACCAUCGACGAAGUGGUCGCAUUGUUCCGCAACGACACGACGGAACUCACCAAGGAGUACGUGCACCGGUUCGGCCGCGGACUGCUGGACUCGGCCAACCUGUACACGCUGGUGGAACCCACUCGUUCCCACCCCAACGAAAGUGUAUCCAUCAACUGGAUGGCGCUCAAGAGUCCGCUGAAGCAGGUCAUCCUCGAGCGCGACUGCUGCUACUUGGAAGGUCACUACGAGUUUGAAGUCCACGGCAAGCGCGGGUGGGUGCGCAGCCUCAAGUCGGUCAACUUGAUGUGUUGUCCGGAUAUGCAACACGCGUUGGGCCUUGUCCGGAUGGUGCAGGUGGGCACUGGUCAUGUCUUCGUCGAGUCGGAUCGACCGGGGUACAUGCGCAUCGCGUACGUGGUGCACGCCGACUUUCGCGGCGCCGCGCCAGACUGGGCCAUCGACGUUGCCAUCAAGCGCCGGUGCAAGAGCCUCCUGGACAUCGACACGUUCCUGCGGGAGAACCGCCUCGCCCAAGGCCACUUUCUUACGUCGUCCCAAGUUGUGUCGAAACACCUGCGGCGGCGGUGCUUCCUCUGCCAGAAGAAGCUCCAUGGCGGCCUUGGGUUUACCAAAAAAUUAAACUGCGUCAAAUGCGGCGAAGUCUUUUGCAACUCAUGCAGCCAUCCGUGGACCGUGCGCGUCUGCGGCAUCCCCACGCGCAUCGACGCAUGUGCCAAGUGCGCGUUGGCGGCCCCCACGCCCACAAAGGCACUCCUCUUCAAUCAGUUUGAUAGCUCCGACACGCACUCGUUGUCGUUCAAGUCGUCCUACUCUAGCCAACGUAGCCACCACCAACAAUCACACUCGUGCGUGCACAUUGUAACCUCGACCCGAUCCAAGGACAAGGAAGGCCGAUUCUGUCGAAGCGACAGCAGCAGAAGUAGCAGUAGCAUCCACAGUAGCCACAGCGUCGAGGCGCUGUACUACCCGCGGUUUGAAGAGGUGACGACCCCGCCAACGUUCUCGCAACACAAGCAAGUGUCGAAGGAUACCUGGACCAACGAAAUGUGGAUCCAAGAUCUGAUUGCCAACACAUCGUCGCUGUUGCAAGUGACAAGUCCGACGAAAUCAAAGCAAGGCCAUGCCAAGUACAUUGAGAUGAAGCCAACGCCGUUGGACCCGAUCAGUCGACCACAGGACACACGACGACAGGCAGGAGCUGCCCCCGAAGACGAAGUCGAGCCCGGAAGUAUCCACGUGACUUAUAUCAAUAUGCACAGUCUUAGCAGCACGCGCUAUAGCAGCCGCGGAGGCAGCAGCAGUACCACCAACGCCCUCCAAAGAUCGCUUUCGAACACGUCGCCAUCAGUAUUAAAAUGAAAACAUCAAGAUAAUACAUGCCAAAGCCAUUACACUACUGUAAUGUGUAAUAUACUUAUCAUUGUUCAAGG